AUGUCGUCCACAGCCUCUAUACCCAGGUUUCUUUUACCACUUCGAUCUCCUCUCUGGUCUCUGUCCUCAAAAACGACCAUUCGCAACGCUUCUACCAAAUCAAAGAAUAAUGCUUCCAAAAAGUCCUCCAAACCCCUCGUUCUCGAGAAACCCGCCAAAUUCAACCCCCCUUCUCACCCUGCCCGUCUCCGCAAAGAUCCUCCCCGGUAUCCAGGUCCCCAAUUGAGCGCCGAAGAAAUAGCCAGACAAAGUGUGAAGAAAUAUCCAAAUAUGAUGCCACCGGAAGGAACAUUUAUGCAUUGGUUUCUCAACAACAAGUCCAUUCAUAUCUGGAUCGCAUUGGGCACACUCUCUACCCUCGCAGGAGGAGUCUGGAUCACAAACUUUAAGCGCGAUUCCCCAUUCGGAGAUAUGCUACCUGAAUGGCCACAACUAUUCCUACACCCAAUCGCAUUUACAAGAACAUGCUAUGAAGUUUUACAGCUGCACACUGCGCAUGUAACAGCAGAGACUAUGGAAAGGAGAAAACAUAAGGUGGAGGACGUUGCGAAGAGGGCUGCUUAUAGAAAGGCGCAUGGAUUAGAUAAAGACGAAGGCUUUGGUGGCUGGACUGCUAAGACUGAUAGAGAGGUUUUGGGUCCGGGGAUUAAGUUGGGACAUGAAAAAGAAGCUGAGAUUGCCGAGACGGCUGAGGGGGGUGUGGAGGGAAAUGGCAAGGAAGGAGAGAAGAAGGCGGUUUAUGAGAAACAAUUCUCAGGAAAGAAAUGGUUGGGAAUUUGGUAG